CUGCUCUUUAUCUCUUCCCCUACCUUUGAUAUGGACCAUUCUUUGAUACGGCUUCUUGAGUCUGAGAUGGUAGAAUUCAACCCGACUUAAGAUGAAACUCCAGCCUUGAAGUUACACCCCCAUCUACAUCCGGACGUUCUUUAUCACUUGUCACUCCGUACUCACCGCCCAGUUUCACCCCGCUCUCCCUUCUCGGAGCUCGACAUACCGACCGGUUCGGAUGCAUGCUUCAACUUGACCUCCCAUCUCCAUAUCAGGAUAAACUCUCAUCGUCCCUCCGCAUGACCGCUCGCCGUGUUCCACCCAUCAUCUCCACCAUGCCCAUCUCCCCCCAAGCCCGCCUCACCUACAUCGCCCUCGCCUCCCUCCGAUCCACAGCUCCUCUCCCCUCCCCUCCCCUCCAUGCCCGUACCCGUCGCCCUGCAGCACGCCACCUCUCCACCACCCCCCGCGUCCCCUCUGGCCACUUCUCGCGCUCCGACUUCAAUAACCAGCCGUUCACCGGGGUCUACGAGCCGGGAGGACCGACGGGGGGGCCGCUGGACGGGGUGUCGACGGUCGGGGCGCCGAGGAUCACGCCACGAGUGCUGAAGGAGCAUUUGGAUCAGUUUGUGGUGGGGCAGGAGCGCGCGAAGAAGGUGUUGAGUGUCGCGGUGUAUAAUCAUUAUCAGCGGGUGAGGGAGCUGGAGAGGAGGGAUGCGGAGGUGGAGGAGAUGGCGGCGCAGCAGGCAAGGAGGGAAUUGGGGCGGCAUCCGGUUGAAGAUGAAUUCCCUGACCAGCAAACCACGCAAUUCUACCCUGCCAUCGACGACGAUAUCCGCCAUGACCAGCCACCUCGCCACGCCCAUUCCCGACGUCCCUUAAACCCUCACGUCAUCCUCUCCGAAGCUUCCCAAACCCAUCCUCUCCACCCCCAACCCACCCUCCCCGAGCCUCCCACCCUCGAGAAAUCCAACGUCCUCCUCCUUGGCCCCACCGGCGUCGGCAAAACCCUCCUCGCCAAAACCCUCGCCCGUGCCCUCGAUGUCCCCUUCUCCAUCUCCGACUGCACCCCCUUCACCCAAGCCGGCUACAUCGGCGAGGACGCCGACGUCUGCGUCGCCCGCCUGCUCGCCGCCGCCGACUACGAUGUCACGCGCGCCGAGCGGGGCAUCAUCGUGCUAGAUGAGAUCGAUAAGAUCGCGACGCGGCGGGUCACGGGGGGAAGGGAUGUUGGUGGGGAAGGAGUGCAGCAGGCAUUGUUGAAGAUUGUAGAGGGGACAACAUUGCAGAUACAUGCGAAGCCGGAGAAGGGGGGGAGUGGUUCACGGGGUGGGCAGAGCGGGGGGGGGCCAGGGCCGGGGUUUCCAUCGAAUCCGGUGUCCGGAAGUGUGAACACGAGCUCGAACAUGGGCGGCGGCGGCGGCGGGGGGAAAGGGGAGGUGUUCAACGUGCGGACGGACAACAUCCUCUUCAUCUUCACGGGGGCGUUCAUCGGGCUGCACAAGAUGAUUCUCAGCCGGAUCAGCAGCGGCUCCAUCGGCUUCGGCGCUGACCCGAAAAACUGCCUCGUCGCACAAUACGCCGCGCUAUUUGCUCUUUCCGGGAUUAAACUGCGGUUCACCCGCCCGGCGCUGAUUGAGAUCGCGCGCACAGCGCUGCGGUUGGGGACGGGGGCACGCGGGCUGCGGAGCGUGAUGGAGGGGGUGUUGGGAGAGGCGAUGUUCGAGGCGCCGGGGGGGACGACGAGGCAUGUGGUGGUGGUGGGGGAGACGGCAAGGUUGGAGGGGCCGGCGGUGUGUUUGGCGCGGGGGAUGGGGGGGAAGGUGGAGGAGGUGGUGGGGAGGGAGGAGAGGGAGUGGGAGGGAGAGUGGGAGGGGGAAAGGGAGGCGGAGAGGGUGAGGAGGGAGGGGAGGGUGGGAGCGCGUGUGAGUACGUUUGAGGAAUAUCGGAAUGGGCGGUAUGGGGAGGUUGCGGGCGGGAUGGGUUAG